CCCACGGUAGACCGGAGAACGGGACACGGCAGCAUUAGGCAAUUACGGGUGUAUCCGCAGUGCACAGCCACGGCAGACAUUCCGCCGCUCCGUACUGCGCAUGUGUGCGCCGCAUCAUAUGGCCAUGUCCCCCACUGCAAUAGUGGGGAGAAGACCUGCAAGUCUUCUCCUGUCAUGGAGAGGUGGGAAGCUACAGCAGGAAUCUCCCACAGAACUGGUAUCAUGGCGCGCGGGCAGCAGAAGAUCCAGGCCCAACAGAAGAACGCCAAGAAGCAGGCAGAGAAGAAGAAACACGGAAGUGACCAGAAAGCCGCAGCUAAGGCAGCCCUGGUCUUCACCUGUCCUGUGUGCAGAACUCAGAUGCCAGACCCAAAAACUUUCAAGCAGCAUUUUGAAAGCAAACACCCCAAGUCUCCGAUGCCUCCAGAACUUGUAGACGUGCAGGCGUAACUGCAAAUAACGAUAUAUCCUCAGCUGAUGAAUGCACUGAAUGGAGUGGGAUGAAUCUGGGCACACCUACCUGUUUUUAUUUUAAGUUGGAGAAAAGCAACAUAAGAGUAUCUGGACUUGCAGCAACUAAUUACUCACGAUGUGGACUUGAUAUCCCAUUAGAGAUGCGCUCAUGUGUCCGGUUAUAAUUCUGCGCUUUAAGACACCGGUCUGACCUUUGCUGAUACAGUUCAGUGGAUGGUUGUCCCCCCGUGAUGAUGGGUCAUGACUGAGGAAUAAAACAGUUCUGAAUUUCAUGCAGCGCCAUAAACACUAAGUGAAUAACCAAAAGCAGCAUCCAUAUUUCCUCCCUGUUUAUGCGGUCACGGGGGAGGGUUCCUUUUGCCUACUGAGGCAGAGCAAUAUAUUUUUGUUUGAAUUGCAUUCCAGUGCAGACCUUCCUAGUAUCUCUGACCUAAUAUUGCAUCAUGUGCACAGAUCAUUCUGAAAUAUUACUUGAUAUAGUGUGCCAAUGCCAAACACUUUUGCACAUUACCUUGAUCUCGCCAACCCCACCUGAGGUGACAACCACUUGAUAAAUUCUAUCUUGAUUAUCAUUAGUAACAUUAUUUUUAUUUUUUUUACUGAGUUUUAUUUUUCAUUUUCUUGACCAUAAAAAGCAAAAAAAUAGUAAGUUUGCCUGUAUGUAAUUACACAAAGUAAACCAGAUUUUGCCUUUUGAGGCUGUGUUCACAUGGGCAAAGUUUGCUGCAGAAAACGGGCAUAAUCCACAUUCAAAAUACCACCAGCAGCUUGCCAUGUGAACCUAGUCUCAUUAUAGUUAUUUAUCAGGAUCUCAUGUUUAUUCCUAUUCUGCAUAAAAUCCUACCAAAUAUGUAAUUCAGUAACAACACAAAAAAUGUAACUUAUUUAUGUUUUAAUAUUUGGAGGAAGAUGAGAAGAGUUAAAGGACCUUUCAUCAGUUUAGCCCUAGUCUAAUUAUGGUCUUACCUUAUAGGGCGGCCCCCACUGAUGCCAUGGCACAUUUUCUUUUCCAAAGGACCCCCUCUUCCGUUCGUCCACUGUUGGUCGCAUUGAUUUCGGUGCCAUAUAUUAUAAUGAGCCGACUCGGUUAUACUAGGCGGAGACUCGCAGUUUCGCUUGGGGCGGUUCUCUUCUCCCUGGCUAAAAGCGGUGUGCUCUGAUUGGAUGCACUCACAGCCGGGGAGAAGAGAACCGCACCCCAGCGAAACUGCGAGUCUCCGGCUAGUAUAACCGAGUCUGCUUAUUAUACUAUCAGGCGCCGAAAUCAACGUGGCCAACAGCGGACGAACGGGGGCGUCUUUGGAAAAAGAAAAGUGCCAUGGCAUCAGUGGGGGCCGCCCUAUAAGGUAAGACCAUAAUUAGACUAGGGCUAAACUGAUGAAAGGUCCUCUUUAAAACCAAUUGGCUGUCGAUUAGGAUUGGGCCAAUUUGUCCUCAACUACAUGGCAAAACAUUUUCUCACUAUUAUAGGAGUUAAAAUGGUAACUUACCUUCCAAAUUCCUGUGUAUGCUUAUGUUAAGAAAGUAUUUUGUGUAACAAUCUUUAAUAAAUAUUUCAUUUGGAAUU